UCACAUUUUGCAUGAUGGAAUAGGCCACCAUUUUACCUGUACCUGCCAGACACUUGGACUUGUCACAUUGUUCAGAGCAGAAUUUACCAGGGUGUGUCUGCAAGAGGACUGUAACCGCUCUUAGAAUGGCUGAACAAUUUGCUCAAGCAGGACAGGCUGCAGCACAACCUGCUUUAGAAGUGUUGGCAGAGUGGGGAAAGGAAGCUGCAGUAGAGUGUGCAAAAGAGUGGGGACGGGUCAGCUUACGCAUCAACAACCCAUGGGUGGCUGCAGCCAUUGGUAUUGGUGGAAUUGGCCUUGGUGGGAUAGGUGCGUUCUACCUGGCCAACAAGGCCCUGACCAUGCUGGCUGUCCGUAGGGCUGUUGAGAGGAGGGACCCCGACAACCCCGACCAGCCAGCCGACCCACAGGUGGGGUUGGAGGCAGAGGUGGACUCCCUCCUGGUUCCUGUCAUCUUCUACUCCCAGCUGGGCUACCAAUACUUCACCUCCAUCCUGAACGGCCCCUUCCUUAAGGCCUGCAUCCAAGCUGAUUUGGAGAGGGUCGGAUAUAAGGAAUUCAUCGAUGUAAGUGCAGAGAAGUGGGAGCUACCAAACCUGCCGGAGGGGGGAGCAGGACCCCUGAUGGGGAUGAUGGGGGAGGAGAGAGUGCUGGGCUGGCUGGCAGAACUUCCAGAAAAGGUCAGUCUACUUAGCACAGCAGCAGGGGAUUCUGGGAUACCUGAGGAUGUCUCCUCUGUAGCAGGUGUCUCUACUGCUGCAUCACAGGAGGAUGUAGAGGAGGAGGAGGAGGAGGAGGAGGCUGGACCAUCCCAGGCUAAACGAGCCAGACUUCCCCAGCAGCCUCCAGCACAGGCCACACCUACUGCACAGCAGGCUGAGCUACAGGAGGGCCCACUGAAGGGGCGGAGAGCCAGGCUACUGCAGCACAAGGACUCACCAACUGCACAGAGCUGUCUCAAGGCCUACAGCUGUCUGGAAAAGGGAGCUGCCAUGGUAACCACAGGGGGGUACCAGGAGGGGGAGGGGGUGGAGCACCUGCUGGGGGGGAUCAUGCUGACGGAGUAUGUGAGCCCUGGUGAUGUUAAUACAAUCCUGUAUGGCCAGUCCUGGCUGCACCUGGACAGAGCUAAGCUACAUCAACUCACUUCCACACAGCUCCAGGCUAACCCUGACAGCACCCCCUGUCUGCUCAUACAGGCACUGCAGCUUCCCUAUGGACACAGCCGACAGCAGGCCAUAAACCAUGUGAUCGACGUUGUUCUACAGCAUGGAGAAACAGACCCCAUGUACAAACAUCUGGCUUACAUAUACUGUGCUUUAGGCUAUACAACAUGGGUGACCACCAGACAGCCAGCCCCAGCCCUGUCUGCCUAUGCCAGUGCCCUUAUGCACAAAUCUGACCACCUGCCAACCCUGUACUACACAGCAUGGUGUUCCAUGGAUGUGUCUGUCCCACAGACUAUCAGGCAGUUUCACCACUACAUACACACAGCGCCUACAGACCAUCGCUGGGUGCCCUAUGCUCAUUACCACCUGGUUACCCUGUACGGCCAGCAGGACCCAUCUGUCCACAUGGACAGGAUCCUGCACCACUACAACAUGGCCCAGCAGACUGACAGGAACUGGCUGCCUGGGGUUGGUCCAGUCCCCAGUUGGGUAACAGACCCAGCCAGGAGGGUGUAUGAACAAGUCAUGGCACAGCCUCACAAGUGA